GGUAUUCCAUUCGGUAGGAGCAUGGACAUCGAAGGAGUGUGGACUCCCGCGAGCGGGUAGAGUGACGUCUCGGAAUUUCCACGCGGCGCGGCGUGGCGCGAGGCGAUCGAAACUCCACGAGGUCGAAUCGGUCGGCGGCGAUCGCGUUUCGAACUGUGCUCGUUCUCCGCGAUACCACCGAUGAGUCACACUAUACGGCGUUCGCCUCGUUUCCCUCUCGCCUCGUCUGUAAACCACCGAUCGUUUCUAUCGCGCAAUCGAACAUAAAUAUUACACGAAUAUGUAUUACACGAAAACGCUCGUUAUUCAAACGAAUGAUAAAUAUAUGUAUUUAUUAACUUAAAUUUUUUGAAGGACAAGUAUGUUUCCAAUUCAAGACGGUUUUUUCGAACAUCGUUGAGUUCGAAUUGUAUUCGUCGUAGGGGACGAUAGCGCACACGACGUGUCACGAUACGAGGAUGGAUUCAACGACGAUGACAUUGUUGGUCGCGUUGUUGUUGAUGGUGGGCAGCACGACGGCAGCGUUGAAUCACGAUGGAGCGAAAUGCGGCGAAAAACAUUGCUCCACGAUCGAGUAUUGCAGCAGCUACGACAAAAGUUGCAAACCGUGUUCGUCCAUCUGUAACAAGACUGCUCGCAACUAUUUGCCUCAAGAGUGUUUCUCCGAUUGUCAAGUAUAUCUCCACGACGAGCGAUACGUUCUUCUAAACGAGUACGAGGAGUUGCGAGGAGAGGUUGGAAGAUUAUGGAUUCUAGUCUCGAUAUCCAUCACGAUAGCUUGCGUAUCGUUUCUGUUGACACUCUACCUGAUGUUCGCGAGAAAACUCACACGAUGGGAAAAGAUGCGAGCUGCAAUAAGACGAAGUUUCGCUAGUAAAAAAAUAAAGAGAAUGUCAAGCAAUAACAGCGACAAUAGUGUGGGUAAAACCAACAAUAAUAACAAUGAUCGUAACAGAGCAACGCUCCAAGAUGCGGAAUUGGGCACAUCGAAGCAAAACGGAUUGAAAUUAACGAUGCCCACAAUCAGCGCGAGCGUGGCUCCAUCUCGAUAUUCAGAAAACGAAACCAGACAUGGAAACGGAAGUUCAGCCGGAAGUGGGAGCGGCAGCGGGACUGCAGUCAGUAAUGUGACUCCAAACACCACUAGCACCUCACUCUCGAGAAGGCAUCCAAGCGAGGAUACCACUCUCGACUACGCUUAUGACAAUCCAGCGAUGACACCAAGCCCGGAAUCCGUCCAGUUAAGAACGAAGCGCGAGAGUUCCUUUUAAACUCGGAUCGAAAUCGAAUCGAUUCGUGUGCUCCAUUCGGAUAAUAACUAUGACAGUUUAUUGAAAAUGUUAUCUCCUCACCGAUUUUAACGAGCUUGAAGCAGUGUUUAGUAGUGUAUAGAGUGGUACAUAGUGAUAUAGUAGAUAUGGACGUAAAUAUAUGUGUAUAGAAUAGACUUUUAGGAACACGAGAAGAAAACUAGGAGAUACGAAGCCACCUGUAUAUAUAAAUUAGUGGUGCACUCUGCAGGCAAGUUGAGUUAUUAGUAGUUAUUCAGUUAUUAGUGCUAUUUGAAGUUGACAUAGUAAUAUGGUUUCAUAAAAUUCAAUUUUGUUUUCGGUUUCAAUAUUGCAGAAUUUUAGGAAUCAAUCAAUGCUAUUUGCUAAAGAUGAAAUAUGAGAUUAUAUAUAGAAAUGUUUAAAUUUCUCAAGUUUGCUUUGAUAACAUUUUUUAUCCUGCAGUGAUAGAAUAAUGAAUAAAAAGAUAUAUUUAUAAUACAAUAUUAUUAUAAUCAAUUUAACAUCGUUUUAAGUACAUUGUGAUUGAUCUCAUUUUCAUCAGCAAAAUCAUACGAGUGAUAAGCAUAUUCUUAUAAAAAAGAAAUUAAAAUUAUUUUAACUUAUUAUAUUUGAAUGCUAGCAGAAAUGCUGCGAAUUGAACAUAUUGAAUUGCACAAUUGACUGAUUCUAAAAUUUCCUUAUUACGAUAGCAAUCUAUUAUGGAAAUACACAUUAAGGACAUUUUGAACAAUUUCUUCCCAUAUAGGCAAUCGACCUUGAUUUUUAAAUUAUACGAAUUAUAUAUUAAUUUUAUACAAUAUAAAAAUAUUUUUUACAUUA